CUCAGCCUGAUGAGCUUCCUCCUCUUGACCAGUCUUUCCCUCAUCCUUCCAUCUCUUGAAAUCGUUCGAACGAGUGCCCGUUAUCUACAGUCAGCCCAACUACCAUUGAUACUUACUCACACACCAUCCUUAUAGUGUGCUCAAAAGCUAUCUCCGCCCUUCGCAAUCUUGCUGUUGUCCAUUAUAGCCCCAUCUCCUUGCAAUCGAUCUUUCAUUUGAGUAGUUGAUCGACAGCGGAUAGCUUUCCAUCCGUUAUAUCGUGAGACUUGGUUCUAAACCUUGCAUAACAAUCGGAAUAGCUCUUAUCAACUUGGAUCUAGAUUGUAAAACGAGUUUUCCAUCUUUUACUGCUAUAUAGUUAUAUAUCAAUCUUGGUGACCAUGACCAGAUCAACCAGCGAAGGGUCAACAUCGACAACGUUGAGUCUCAUCGAAAGAAAGAUUCUGCUUGCAGAGUUCCUAGCUAGGACCAAAGCUGAGAGAAAACGGAAAGAAGCAGAGUUGAAAGCGGCCGUUCGGCGUCAACAGACGAAAUCAGCACAAAAAUCCCGAGAUUCAUCCAAUUGUACUAGUACUCCCAAGCCAACCCCGGCCUCACCCUCGCCCUCGAGCUGCACCCUUUCUACUAUUGGCACUAAGGAGCUUUCAGACGUAUCCAUUCUCUUAUUGAAGAGCAUUUAUUCUCGUCUUGGUUUUGAUAAUGCCUCAUUUGUUGGAUUCCAAGCGAAGGUCAUGAGCGAAUUGGCUAGUGCAGACUUCGCCUGGGUCGAGCGGGAGAUGCUCUGCAAUGAACUUGUGGCUGCUCGCGCUGAGAUCGACAUGUUGAAGGCGCAAAAUACCAAGCUUCCGAACCCACUCGAUUCGAAAGCCGAGGACCUCAUAAAUCGAGCCAUGGACUCCCAAGCGCAGGCACACAAGACUCUAGGAGCGGAACGUGCAAAGUUCGAGAGCAACAUCCGAAGACUCAAGGAUGAGAUCAAAGCCCUGAAGGCCGACCAGGUUGAUGCUAAAGAACGCAUCGACUCGUUAUCCAACAAGCUGGAGCGAGCUGAGAAAGCUAGAGUUGAGGCCCUCCGUUGCCCUCGCCACAGGAAAGAGGCUGCAUCACCUCGGGCCGCUCCAUCGGCCAAACCUCCGACCCCAUCUCGGCCCGCGGUCGAUGAUGAAGCAUUGAAAAAGAUGUUAUACGAGCGAAUUCUGGUAGCGGAGGAAAAAUCGCUCGGCGGGAGCCCUAGCAGCAAGCAAAGCGACCACAGCAGCCAUUGUGACCGAUGUCAUCAAACACCUAAAACUCAAUUCAGGGAUCUUUUCUGAUUUGCUUUCUACCUUGAUUGAUUUCCUUUUCAUCCCUUUUACCCCAAUUGUGAACUGUAUCAACUUCAAGAGAAAUCCAAGGCGGUUUCCUGUUUAUGGAUCUAAAUCUCGCUUACAUACACGACAAUCAACAACAAUCACCCUUUAUCACUCAACCUCCAAGAUCGCCGCGAGCCUUUGCAGCAAGCAGAACGACCACACCCCCGCGGAUGGUCACCAAAGUCAUCAAGCAAUCGAAGAGGAUUAUCUCUGAUUUUCUUUCUAUAUCAAUUCAUUUCUUUUUCAUCCCUUGUACUGCAAUUGUGAACUACAUCAACUUCAAGAACAACCUAAACUGGUUUCCUAUAUAUACAUCCAGAUAAAAAACAUUGUGAACAUCUUUUGCAUUUGUCUCAAACCCAUCUCUUUGUUUCUGUGAACACUUUCAACUCAUCUCAAUUUCUUAUCCCCCCCCAGACACACAUUGUUCAAUAUAACGAAAAAAAAUGUACUAUCCUUAAGUUGUUUUCUUGGAGAUCAAAGUUUUUUCAUGUUUGUUGGAAUGUUGUGCUUCCCAGUAAUACAAGGGCUGGAAACUCUCCCUCAACCAUUUCUUGG